CCGCAACCAGCCCCUCUUCCUGCCCCCUCCCCCGGUCUCUCUCUCUCUCUUUCUCCCGGUGGGAUGGAAGUCCCCGGUAAUCCUCCUCCCCGGUAGCAAGCGGCGGCCCGAGUCGGUACAAAAUGCUGGGCAUGUACGUGCCGGAUAGGUUUGCCCUGAAGUCGUCAAAAGUGCAGGACGGGAUGGGGCUCUACACGGCCCGCAGAGUCAAAAAGGGUGAAAAAUUUGGCCCCUUUGCAGGGGAGAAGAGAAUGCCCCAGGAACUGGAUGAGAACACAGACUGCAGGCUCAUGUGGGAAGUUCGUGGGAGUAAAGGUGAGGUCCUUUAUAUCCUGGAUGCAAGCAAUCCACGCCAUUCUAAUUGGCUGCGUUUUGUCCAUGAGGCUCCAUCACAGGAACAGAAGAACCUGGCAGCCAUCCAGGAAGGGGAAAAUAUUUUCUAUCUGGCUGUGGAAGAUAUUGAAACAGACACAGAACUUCUGAUUGGGUACUUGGACAGUGACAUGGAAGAGGAGGAGGAGGAGGAGGAAGAAGUAGCUGUUAUCCAAGAAGAUGAAGACAGUGGCAACAAUAAAGAAGUGCAACCAGCUGGUGAAAAAAUUGCAGAUCCCCUCACCUGUAAAGAGGACCAUGCAUGCCCAAACUGUGAAUCCAGUUUUGCCAGCCAAGAGAUUCUAGCUGAACAUCUUCAGACUUUGCAUCAAAAACCCAGUGAGGAAAAGGAAUUUAAGUGCCGAAACUGUGGAAAGAAAUUCCCUGUUAAACAAGCUCUACAAAGACAUGUACUUCAGUGCACAGAGAAUAUCAGCCCAGGAGACUCUUCAAGAAGUUUUCAGUGCUCUGUUUGCAAUACUUCCUUCAGCUCAGAAUCGAGUUAUGAGCAGCACAAGGAGGCAUGCAGAGGGGAUGCCAGAUUCAUAUGCAAGGCAGAUAGCUGCGGGAAGAGGUUCAAGAGUAAGGAUGCCCUGAAAAAACAUAAAGAAAAUGUUCACAGUGGAAAUUCUAGGAAGAAGCUGAUGUGUUCAGUGUGCAAUAAGAAAUGUUCCUCAGCAACAAAUCUCCAAGAGCAUCGAAAGGUGCAUGAGAUCUUUGAGUGUCAAGAAUGCGACAAGAAAUUUAUUUCAGCUAACCAGCUAAAACGCCAUAUGAUAACUCAUUCAGAAAAACGCCCCUACACCUGCGAGGUUUGCAAUAAGUCCUUCAAACGACUUGAUCAAGUGACUGCACACAAAAUAAUACACAGUGAAGAUAAACCUUAUAAAUGCAAGCUUUGUGGAAAGGGAUUUGCCCACAGAAAUGUUUACAAGAAUCACAAGAAGACCCAUUCUGAAGAGAGACCAUUCCAGUGUGAGGAAUGCAAAGCUUUGUUCCGAACCCCAUUCUCUCUGCAAAGACAUCUGUUAAUCCAUAACAGUGAGAGGACUUUCAAGUGUGAUCACUGUGAUGCUACUUUCAAAAGAAAGGACACAUUAAAUGUUCAUAUUCAAGUUGUACACGAUGGACAUAAGAAAUACAAGUGCGAUCUCUGUGACAAAGCUUUUGUGACACCCUCAGUCCUGAAGAGUCACAAAAAAACUCACACAGGAGAAAAAGAGAAGAUUUGCCCAUAUUGUGGACAGAAGUUUGCAAGCAAUGGAACACUGAGAGUUCAUAUUCGAAGCCAUACAGGUGAGCGUCCUUACCAGUGUCCUUACUGUGACAAAGCUUUCAGCAAGAAUGAUGGAUUGAAGAUGCAUAUUCGCACCCACACAAGGGAAAAGCCGUACCAAUGUUCAGAGUGUAACAAGGCUUUCAGUCAAAAGCGAGGCCUAGAUGAGCACAUGAGAACCCACACCGGAGAGAAGCCGUUUCAGUGUGAUGUUUGUGAUCUGUCCUUCAGCCUGAAGAAAAUGCUGAUCCGCCACAAGCUAACUCACAAUCCCAAUCGACCGAUGGCAGAAUGCCAGCUUUGCCACAAGAAGUUUACAAGAAAUGACUACCUCAAAGUGCACAUGGAAAAUGUCCACGGUGAAACUGACAGCUAA